UGCCACAACUUGCCUUUCCUCUGUCAGAGGGAAAUGAUGCCGAGCUCUGCUGCUGGAUCCACAGUCUCGUUUCGCUCUUGUGAUUCACCUCUUGAUUUUGGGGCCUCUUAAUUUUAUUUCUUUAUCUAAAGACCCACAGGACCUCCCAGGCACUCAGGACAAUCUGGAGCUGAAGUUUUUGAGGGGGUUUUUUGCACUGUUUGGGAUCCAAAUCUUCAGAGGGAUUGGAAAAGGGAAGGCUGUGUUGUCAAGGGCAUGAAAUGACGACACUACAGAGAGGAGAACUAUAAAUCCAAGAACCAAAGGUCCCCGGACAUGGGCCAGGGGGUAAGAGGGAGAGGAGGGCUCAUGUCCAUCCACUUUCAAGGGGAGUUAAGCCAUGGAUUUGCUCUCGUACUUUUUCCUUGGCUGGAUUUCCAGUCCCUCUUUCCCCUUCUUUUACCUCCUUCUCUCCCCAACAAGCUCCUGCUUCAGAUUCCAAAAUGCACAAGUAAUUAGAAGGAAAACCAGCAAGAUCAGCAAAGCAACACGUCUGAGGAGCUUCUCCCACUGGAAUUGGAUUGGGAUUUUUCUGCAUGGAUAGCUGGGCCUACAUGGGAGCAGAGUGGCCCUUGGGAUGUCCCACAGCCAGGAAACCCUCGGGACAAACCAGUCUCAGCACCUUCCUGCAGAGACUGGAGCUGUGGAGAAGCUCUCCCCACCAUCAUGGGGGUCCUAAGGACUUAUAAAGAGCUGAAAAUCCCCCCAGCUCGAAAAUCAGAGUUCAGCUCCAGUUGGCCAGAAAAUCCUGUGGUUUAAGGCCAGGUCGUGAAUCAGCUCCUGUUACAAGGCACCUCCCGUUUGUAACAUAUUCUGGUUGGGAAUAUCCGCCUGGCUCCUAAGGAACAGACACCAAAUACUCCCAAAGGCUAAUGCUGAUGAAUGGGAACAGUGAAAACCAGCUGCUAUAACCAUAUUUUAAUAAAAAUACUGCUUUAUGAAGAUCUAAGUAAGUCACAGAGAAACCCGUAAUGAGAUCCUGGUAUUCAGUGCCAUUUCCCUUGGAUGAUCUGUAAUAGAUUCUUCUAUUAUGUAUGCGUGUGUGCGUAAUGGAUAUGCACACAUAUAUACAUUUACUGAUAAAUGCUCACGCAAACACUUGAAAUCCGGCCCAUCCCGGCCUAUUAAUUAUUUUAGCACUUAUUUCCCUGACAAGCAGAAGUUAUCUUAUAGCUAAGACAUCCAUUUGCUGUCUAAGAGCUCCAACUUGUCUUUGAUGUCUGAAUUUUAAAUGUCUUUUAAAACUUUAGCAACAGCCAGAAGGGAAAAAAAAAAUGCAUCCCAUUACCUUAAAAUGUUAUUCCAGCCCAAGAAUUAAACCUCAUACAUCACCUACUUAGAUUUGGGGUUCUUUUUCUUGCUUCCCUCUUUUUUCUCCCCCUUACUGUUAUUUAUUUUACAUCUAAUCGUGAAAUUAAAUGGCACAUGAAGUUUUGGUUUUCACGCUUAUCUUGAGUGCUUUGCUUUAUUUAUGUUUUCAGCCUGCAAUUUAGGGGCGGGGGGAUGCUCCAUUUCCAAGUUGCAGCACUGAAAGCUCUGCUAAAAUAUAUUCCUCCUGCCUGUUUUGUCUGAAAGAAAGAGCUUUCAGUAGGACGAGUUCAAGUGUGACCACUACUUUUGUUUUACAAAUUGCAUUGGCAUAAAAAGUAAAGCUGUGGGGCUGGAGGGUUUUUUAAUCUUCUUUGUAGGAAAUAGAAAAUAUCGACAAAUAAAAAUUAUUAUUUGGCAAAUAAAAGUUAUUAUUUGACAAAUUAGAAAUAUUAUUCGACCAAUUUAAAUUAUUAUAGGAGUGGUGCAUGUAAGUACAGCAGAGUGUAGGUAUGGCUGCCUGCAAACACGUAUCACAUAUCCUUUCUAGAGUUAUUGUAACACAAUAGGUCCCUCAUGUAUAAACCUAAUUGAAGUUUUAUAGCAAACUUUAAGUUCUUUCCCUUUGCAGGUUUGAUUUAAACUUGAACCUGCCUAUAUUUGUGUAUCAAAAAGAGAUAAAAGAGGAAUUGGGUGAAUAAUGGAAAAAUCUAUAUUAAUUUCGAAUUAUCGCCUGUAACAAAGAUGCAGAAUCAUACUACGUGCAUUGAGAGAGCUCUAAACUCGCCCAAAAUAAAACCACAACCACCCCAGGCUGUCAGUAUUCCUUCUUAAAAGACCCCCCUUCUAUUCUCCUUCCAAUGGCUGUUUGGUGGCUUGGGGGGCCCGGUUCUUGGUGGGUUUUUUUGUUUGUUUGUUUGUUUUCGGAUUCCGCUCCGUCUCUGCGCCCGACCUGGUGUAAAUUGUUUGAAGGUCAACAACAUGGCUAAGUUUUAUUGUAUUUCCGGUACAAUAGAUUUAUAUAGCGUCCCAUCCCGGCUCUUAAGGCUUUUCAAACGAUAUAAAGUUAACUUAUAGUCACGUUUCUGGCUCCUCCGGGCAUCCUUUGGACUCGGAGGAUGUGUUUCUUCGAUGAACUUUUAAACUCCUCUAAACUCACCCUUUCGGGACGGGGCUGUCUCGACCUCUUGUCUUCCAGCCUUUAUCAUUUCUCUUGCUCACUCUGUUUGAUUCUUUAAUCCACUUGAGGACAAACCCCCUAGCUUACAAGCUGGUGAUUCUGGCAGGCACAGCGCCUGGAAAACCAACAGCCGCUUGAGGGGAGGAGAGGGAAGUCAAACAGCGUAAAAUAACUCGGAGUUUUCCACCCAACUCACAAGCACUGUGCCUCCUUCCUUAGAAACAACGUGCUGCUUGUGCCCUGCCUCAAAGCCCUACAACGGAAAAGGACAAUCUGGGAAAGUUAAUCAUAAACUGUUCGGUAAUAAUGUCCCCAUAGGCAACCACUAACCUGCCUUGUAAAUGUCUGGGCUUCUGAUUCCCAUCUCCCUCCUACCCAUGUACAGACAGGAAACAAGGGCCAGGGAGGAGAAUGGGGGACACGGGGCUGGGAAAGAUCAGAAUCAGGCCCGAGGGGUCGGUAUUGCUGCCUGAAAAUGGGAAUUGGGACUCAUUUCCCAAGGGCUCUGGGAAAGGAGGAAGGAGCGGGAGGAGGAGGGUGCGGUGGGGUCCCCCCUGCCCCGGAGUGGUUUGUUUCUGCUCUUUUCCAAAUUAGAAAGAUAAGAGCGACCUUACCUGGAGAAGAAGCUGUGUGGGGAUGGCUACUAAAGAAAAUUAUCCUUGCGCGUAGUAACUGCCUGGGGUGCACAUUUCUGCGCUUGUAACAACGAGCAACUGCGGUUAAUGCACCUAAUUUCCCCCAAUUACUCCCCAGCCAAGGUCCAGCCUGUCCGGUAUUACCCCGACCCGGGGUGAGUUUUAAUCAAGAGCAAAAGUGGUGUGGAAAGAGCCUAUCAGAAAGAAACUCCCCCUUUUCUUUUACUGGGGCUCAUGCUACGGGUUUUAUGGAAACAAUUCUAUAGCAACUUCAUUUUUGUACCUGCGCUUGUGUUUUCCCACCCUCUUCUUCUUCCUUGGGUGGGAGCGACAGAUUUCUCACCACCAUGGGCUGUUACUUCCCUUUCUCCCAGCCUAAUUUGGGGGAUUUCUUUGCGGGGGUGGUGGUGUGUGUUCAGUUAUACAGUGGGGACCCCAAAGCAGAGCCAGGGGAAUCAGCAGCAAUUGCAACCAGCAGCUCCUGCUUUAAGAUCCGCGGCCGCGGAGUGAUGCAGGCGCCCAGCUAUUUCGUGGGAGUUGAAUAUUAUUUCAAGGAGGGAGGCGAGGUGGGGAGGGGGGAAAAUUAGUCUAGUAGACAGAAUGUGGGUUCCCGAAAAACAAUCAAACUUUAUUUUAACUUUCUCUCCCUCCAGCUUCCCUUUUCAGAUGCACAUACGCUUUUACUUUACAUGGGUUCGAAAUGCUUUAUUAACUGCUGAGAUUACAAACCUCAUUUGGAACUGGGAUUUUUAGCCAGAGUGUACUUUCGGUCCUUGGAAAAUUGCCCACAUGUGUAACUUGUUUUUGCUUCUCUUCAGACAAGGAAUUCCCCCCCCCCCUUUUCCCUCCCGUCUCACCACUUACGGAUUUUUAACAGACGGCAGCAUUCAAACUGAGAGCUAACACAGGAAAUGGCAAAGGUAGAUCCUUCGGCUUUUAGGCUACAGAAACUUAUUUCACUGAAAAAAAAAAGUAUGAAAUAUAGGUUUUACUCUUCAGAAGGGACUUUUUUCUUGCGCUUUCGCGUGUUUGGAGGGGUCCGUGACUGAAGUUUCUUUCAUAACCUCUUAGACCUGCUUAAAUGUAUCGUUCAUAAAUUAUGUUUGCUUUAUGGUGAGAUUUUUUUUUUUCCCUGACUCUUAAAAAAAAAAAAAAAAAGUGUUUCUUUUGUCGUGAUUAUAAUUAUUAUUACUAUAAUUAUAAUUUCAGAAUAUUUCAUAUCGCCUAAAAUAAACGCUCAGCCCUUUGAAGGCUGAGUUAUCUCCGAAUCUGGUCUCCAGACUCUCCAUAGCCAUGAAGUUCACUCUCAGCUUUUAUCCUCUCUUAGCUAAUCCUUAUCGGCUUCCAAACCUAAACUGAAGAAGUAAAUAUUCCCCAAGUACUGCAGGUUACACCCCAACCCCGUAAAGGCCUCUCGGAGUGAAGAUCCUGGUGACCCCCCGGUCCUGUACCUCAGGACCCCCAGGUCCCCUCUGCCUCCUCCAUAGCUCUGGUAAAGAGGAAAAAUCAGCUGAAAGAAGGUGCCAGUUCUAAUAAACGAUAACAAUCAUCUUCCAAAAGUGGUUUAAAUAUGUUUCCGGUAAGAAAUGGAUCAUCUGCUCUCUUUCUUUCUUAUGCCAAAGCUUAUAAAUCAGUACAAGGUGGCAACUGCCCAACUUCAAAUCUGCAUAGUUUGGAAAUAUUUUCUAUUUGGUUGUUUUCAGCUUAGAAAUGCCAACCCAAAGAGCUGUUUGCUAAGGAUGGGUUUUGGCAGUUGUGUAUUUCAAAGCACUAGUUGGAAAUUAUUCCUUCUCUCCACAAACAAUAAAGAUUAUUUAUAAACAGUAUGUGAGUUCAGAAGCCUGUGGCUUUCCAUUGCAAGCUGACAAUGCUCUGAAUUUUUCCUGACAGCCAAAUACACUUGGCGCUGAUUCUGAAAGCAGGAAAAAGUUUCCACUUUGGACUUUCUUCUUUUAUUUUUUUUUCAAUAACUAUUUCCAGUUCCACUUCCCUUUACCAGCUCACAACAAUCACAUAUCUAAAAUAAAUCUAGUUUGCAAACCAAGCAAAGCUAGCACAUCCUGCCUCCUCUCUCCCAAAGAUUCCUCCUUUUAGACUUUUAGACUCUGCUCUCAGGUCACUUUCUCUUUGACUUUUCCUUUUCCAAGUUUUUUUGCAAUCAGAAGAGCUUUUCAUGUAAUUUCUCGUGGGCUCUAUUUGAGUAAUUAAAAUAUAAACGCCUACAUAAUGUCAGCCGGAGCAGGCAGUGCUGCACAACACGGUCUCUCCAUGCAGACAGACAUGGGAUGAAGCUGUCGUUUGCCUUAAGCCUCUCUCAGAAAAGGUUACAGAGAGAUGAACUAUGGGGUUAUGUCUAAAAAAUAAACCACUGAACAAACAGAAGUCUCCAGAGGAGCAAAAGCAAAUGGAUUUUGCAGAUCUUCUUGUGAGGUUUCCAUUCACUAGGGAUCUGAAAACCCUUGUGUUCUGCCUCACAGCCACACUCCUCAGAGUCUUCUUGGUUUAAAUUCAUAUACUACAGAAAAUUAUAUACUCUCAUGCUGACAUAGUUCAUCAUUAUUUAUAGGAGGCGCAGGAUUUUAUUCCACCAAUAUAUUUAUUACAGGUAAGACAUGGCCAAUCCAUCUAGUGAGCAGAGAACAGGUGUUUUGCUUCAAUUAACGUUCAAUAAUUUCAUCUAUACUUAUUCAACACCCUGCUACCAGCACGGCUGUUUAUCCAUCAGUUGUAUAAACACAUUUCCAUGUGCCAAGCGAGUUUAAUCUCCACAACACGCUUAAAUCAGCCCUUGCCUUUCCCAGGCUCUCAGAACAUUUGCAGAGUCCCUCCGAAUCUCUUGUGAAAUCGUCUGAUUUUUAAAAAAUCAUUCCUGAAAGGCAAUAAAGCCGAGAAAUAUGACAACGUGAGCAAUCAGCUCGUAUUUCAUGUCUGCUGGCACAGGAUCUUUUCAUUUGAAAACCUCCCCAACUCUUAAGGAAGUUAAAAGAAGGGAAGGGAGGGAAUAAAAAAUACAGGGAGAUAGAAAAGUGGAAAGUUGGAAGCAGAAGGAAUUCCCAACUCGUUUUGCACAGCCCCUGCUCGUGUGAGAUGCGCUGGAAAGGAGCGACCCUGCCGCACGCUGCCCUUGGUAGGGGAUUUCUCUGCCUUCACUGGUUUAAACGAGGCCGGGGUAAAGUGGAGUUACUUUGGAUUAACCCCCUGGAAAGGAGAGGAGAGUUGGCAGGGAUGUGGGGAGUACUCACCUGGUGACAUUUGCCCGCGGCUGGCUUGGCAAGAUCCGUGCCCAGGGCUGGAGGGGCUGCCCAAGCCUUGCUCCCACCUCACCUUGGCUGGAGCCUGCAGACUGAGCCUGCUUGUCCAGCCCAGGGAGGAUUCUGAGCUGCUUGGGGAGCUCUUGCUACCCUAAGGGAAGCAAAAAUUCAAAAUCAAGCUGACCUCCGGCGUUAAGCUAGAGCUCGUCUUCUCCAUCAUCCCGACCCUCUCGAUUAUUAUUAUUAUUAUUACCUUUUUUUUUUUAAUGAAAACGGACAGCUUCCUAACAGCUCCUCAUUUCUAGGAGCUCUGGUCCUGAAUGUGGGGAAACAGGUCCUUCCUUCAGGCUGCAGCUGGUGGCAAAGCACCGUUUAUAGGGAUAAGGGAAAAUCUAAGGCUUUGAGUGUAGGUUUUUAAGCGCAUUCAUAAUUUUCCCGUAUUCAUAAACCACCUCUGGCAGCAAUUUCCCACCUCUGUUUCGUGUAGGAGCGGACAUAUGCGCACGGACACUCACAGGGAAAGAAAUGCGAAUUAUAUUUUUCCUUUAUUUCAGGCGGCUAUUAGCACCCCUCAAUGUUAUUAUUAGCCUGUUAAUAUAGACUUCCAUCUCUAUACACUUCAGGAAGGAUUCGCGAUGAUUUAUUAUUCCUAGAAAUCUCUUUGCCCUUCACUUUAAAUAUCCUUCAGUGUUGGGGUGAGAGGUAGAAGGGCGGAGGGGUAAUAGAUUAAAGGAGGCAAAUUGAUCCGGACUGUUACAGCUGAAGUCCAGAGAAACACUUUUGCCGUAAUCAGAGAGAGCACCUUUUCCUUAACCAACAUUUACGACGCCAUCGGACCGUCUUGCAAUAAACGGAUUUAUCAUCGUAGCCGGAUAAAGCUGCCCCCGCCACCCCGCACCGCAGCCUCCAGGCUGGGACCCGCACCGAGCUCAGCCCGCCUCAGUAGCGGGCUUCCAUGCGAGGGAAACCCUCAAAUCGUCGGGUUUUGGAAAACGCUCAGAAAAUGAAGCGAGGGGGUAGGUUGUUCCACAUGCACACGCACCGUGGGCACACACAUGUGAGGUGUGAGGGGGGGCACGGUGACUGAAAACGCGUGGGAUUCCUUUUUUUUGCCCCCUUUCUUUUCCACAGGCAAUAAAUUCAAGGCUAUAAAAAUCAAAGAAAGCUAAUGUAAGUUUUAUUAAACUAUUUAACCAUCACAAGUUUGAGGCAUUCUGUAACAAAGCCGGAUCAGUGGCGCGCUGUAUUUUACUAGCCUUGUAAAGUUAAAUGAAGGCUUCUGAUUUCAGCAAUGUGGGAAACUAUUUUAGCCAAGCAAAGCAACCCUGAGAUGAUGCCGCCAAACAUGAGAACACAUGCUCGCAUGCAGAGAUAUUUUUAAGAUAUUAUAUAUAUAUGUAUAUAUGUAUGAGCAUAAAGCCUAAGGCAGGCUCCGGAUGCAGACAGGGGUUGCAGCUCGGCAGCUUGCUGGUCAAAGUUGCAAUGCCACGUCCACGCCGGUGACAUUUUACAUUUCAUAUUUACCCACAUUAUUUUACCGUGUUAACAUUCCAUUUCCCCAUCCCAGCUGGUUAAUUAUUUAACAUACCCUCCCUACCACUCUUGCUACCUAAAUCCAUCCUUCUUCUUUACAAAAACGCGUGUAUGCGUGCAUUUACGUACAGAUGCGUGUAACGCCCGCACAUACAUGUCUGUAUAUGAAACGACGGCGCGGGGGGGUGGGUUUAUACUUGUUCUCUGGCCUUUUGCUAUCGUACUCUGGAGCCCGAGCGGCAAAGAAUAGCUUUUAUCUCUAUUCCCCCCUGAUGGUUAUUAAAGGCAAAGCGAGCACAUCAGCAUCUUUCUUUAAAAAUAUAUAAUAAUAAUAACAAAAAAUAUCCGCCCCCUUUCCCCCUUUAGAACACCCCCAAUGUUUCAGGAGCAAAUCUAGGAAGGGAUUUAGCCCCAGCUCUGCCCGUUUGGUGGCUUUUUCGAAACUCCUGACGUUUUGCAACAUUGCAUAAACAUAAAACAAUCCAUCCUUGAUAUGGAAUGCAAGGGCGGAUGACAGCGCAGCGCAGCCCCCUCGGCUGCGAUUGAUUUACGCCGAGACUGACGCUUUAUCAGGCACACGAAAAAAGUUUGACCAAUCAUUUUGCUGGGAGCUCACAACACAGCAGCCCAACUGUACUUUGUUGGCUGGGAAGUUGGAGAAGGGGGUAGAGUACAAAUCUAGAUCUGUCCUAUAUAUUUUUUUCCCUUCAUUGAACCGUGCUUUGUAUGAUGUCUGAGAAUGUCCAUUUCUGGGACUCUUAGCAAUUAUUAUGUCGACUCCAUUAUAAGUCAUGAAAGUGAAGACUCGCCUUCAGCUAAAUUUUCAUCUGGGCAAUAUACGAGUUCCAGGCAAGCUGGGCACAAUGAGCAUCUAGAAUUCCCCUCCUGUAGUUUUCAGCCAAAACCUCCAGUUUUCAGCGCCUCCUGGACUCCUUUGAAUCCACAUUCUUCUGGUACCCUUCCUGCCGUCUACCAUCCAUAUAUUCAACAUCAAAGCGUCCCAUCUGACGGCAGGUAUCUACGGAGCUGGCUGGACCCCGUGCCCCGAGCGGAGAACCUCCCCGGGCAGGGAGCCGUUAAGGCAGAGCCGCUGCUGGGCCGUCCCGGGGAUGUCCAUAAACAGGGGACACAGGAGUACAAUUUAGAAACUUCUGCUGCAAGGGAAGGGAUCGUUUCCAAUCAAAGGCCCAGCUUCGAGGACAAUAAAGUUUGUGAAGGAAGCGAAGACAAAGACAGGACAGAUCAAACUAACCCAGCUGCCAGCUGGCUGCACGCCCGCUCCUCCCGGAAAAAACGAUGCCCUUACACCAAAUACCAGACCCUGGAACUAGAGAAGGAGUUUUUAUUCAAUAUGUACCUGACGAGGGACCGUAGACACGAAGUGGCCAGACUCCUCAACCUGAGUGAGAGACAAGUCAAAAUCUGGUUUCAGAACCGAAGGAUGAAAAUGAAGAAAAUGAACAAGGAGCAGGGCAAAGAAUGAAAACCCAGAAAAGCAGCAUCCCCCUUUCCCCCCCUCCUUUACCUCCCAGCUCCCAGCCUCCACUAUAGUGCUGCCAAACCCCCCAAACGGGGGGGGGGGGAACCCUCCCCGUUCCCCAUCUCCACCUUUGCAUGUGAGAUGUUGCUUAUUCUUCUGUUUUAUCUUCUUAGUAUUGCCACAUUGGAGGCAACUUAGCCAAAACUGCAGCUCCUUUUUGGGGACACAUGCUGGGUUUUGUUCUGGUCUCUUGUUUUCUUUCUCUAUUUUUUUGUUUCCUUUUUGUUUUCUUCUCCUACAGUGUAACAUAGACACAGGCUCCUGUCCGAGCAGCAGCUUUCCCUGCUUGCGUUUUCUCCAUGGAAAACAAGACUGCAAACACAACUGGCCCCAAAGAGCCCCCACCAAACCUCGCUGUUUGUCUUUAUCCACGUAAGGACAAUGAUGCUCUGUAACGUUCACAACACCCCGGCGCACUCGCACACACUCUGACACCCCCUCACACACUCACACGUUGAGGUGGCCAAGGAACCAGACGAUUUAAUUAAACUCCUGCAAGACAGACACAUUCGUAAGACUUGCGUUUAAUUGCACCCAACAAAUCAUUUUCAAUUCGCCAACUUUAUACCAGGCAGUCGGUUAAUGACAGCCCAACUCCCAACUGCGCUGGGCUCUUUUUACUCUCCACAGCCCCCCCACCCCCCCUUUUCUUUCCUUUCUUUUCUGUUUUUAAAGCUUGUUUUAUUAUGCGGGAUUUUUAUUAGAAUAGUGCCAUGGCAGAUAUGCGACUUUGACCUGAAAGUUUCGUAGGAUCUUUACAGGCAAACCUCCUCAUCUGGUAGUUUUAUACUGGAUCACUCGGAAGAGGAGAAAAGACAGGGAGGGAGGCGAGAGAGUGUGUGUGGGGCACUCUCAGAGCCGCGUUGUAAAUUAUUUAGGAGAAAAAGGGGCGGAAGAACCCCUGCCAACUUAUUCCUAAGUUUUAGAGGAGGGGAAGAAUGGGAUUUUCUAGUUAAAAAACUACCUUAGUAGAGCUGUAAGGGAGGGGAAGGUUGUGUUCUUAGUGCUAGCAUAUUUAUAAUUUAUUGUGAAUUGACUUUUCCUAAAGCAGUAGCUGCUGCAGAGAUGAAGUGCCAGCCCUGGCCUGUGUGUCUUUCUUCCCGCUCCUGUUUGCUGAGAUGCUUUUAAUACUUGAAUGUCGGAGGGGGGGGUUGUUGGGUGGGGUUGGUUUUUAUGGUGGUUUUUAUGCCUGAAGCCAGCUCCCGGCACGUUUUCCCAUUGCCACCCGCCUCCCCCGGGGCCCGGUGCCACGCUGGGGCCGGGGGCCGCCGCCUCCCGGGGAAGGAGCCUCGUCCCGCGGGUGGCACCGGGUGAUGCGGUUUCUCUGUGCUGCCCCCCCUCCCUUCCUCUUCCUCAUCCCGAAGAAGCAUUUUGAGUAGCAAAUCCAGACCUCGCCGGGCUCCUGUCACGCCGCCCGGAGCUGGUUUCUCAUCUGACAGACCCGCUGGAGGCUUCUCCAACCCGCCCGGGCGGGGCUGGUUUCCCUUUAUCUCUGUAAGACUUAACUUUGUUUUGGGAAGGGGGGGGGGGAAUGGUGUGUGUGGGAGUUUAGUACCAGUUGAUUAUAUGGUGGGUAUUGUAAAAUGUGUUUGUGGUUGUGUUUCUGUGAAUGUUGAAGCUCGUUUUCUGUUUCUACUGUGGCUUUUUUAAUUAUGCGAAGAGUUCUGCAGUUGAUAGUGGAUGGAAAACGUUGAAAUAAACCUCUCUCGUUUUCUUCGUGUGCAGAUUUGUAUAUUUAGCUGCCAGGAGGCUGUCUAGGAACAAGGCGAGUGUAAGGUGGCUUGUUGUAAUAGGGUGAGGAGGGGGAAAAUAGAGAAAAGACAUUUAUUUCUGCUGUAUAUCUGAACUAGAUCACAAUUGACUGACUCGUGUGUCCUCAGCGCCAGGUUCUGGGAGACCACUUUUAUCUGCUGGGCAGGGGUUACUCUGGGAAGAAGCGAUAGGCAGAUUCGCGUUUUUGGAAAGUGUUCCUACCCCCCCUCUCGCCUUCGUGAUUCAGACAUAAGAAUUGAGGAGCGCCAAAAUUUCCCCGCUCCAAUUCCUUCUGAAAGGGAUAAAAAAUACCUUCCUCUGGACAAGAAACCAGACCUUAAGUAUUAAAACCCAUUCCUCAGAAAGUCUGAUGGUUUUUUUUUUUUAGUGCCUAGACUUUCCCCUGUGAAACUUUCCAUCCUGAAGUAGCUCCUUGGGGGCUUCCAAAUUUAACUAUUCUGUUGCCGGAGGGAGUUCGAUGUAACUAACCCUCACCCCGUGUCAAAGCCCCCGAUCUCCCUCCUCGAAACUAAAUUAAGAAAAACUCUUUCGGAGACAUUUUGAGCUGGGGAAAAUCAAGAAGUUCGUGGCAGCAGGAUCAUUUCUUUAUUCAAACAAACAGAUAGUGGGUCGAAAAAGAUGUUCUCUCUGUGUUUAAGCUGAGCAGUCAAAUCUUUCAGUUUGAUUUGCUUCUUCUCAAGGAUGGAUGAAUUUCAAAUGCUUCAUCCUGAAUUGGAAUAUUCCUCCUAUCUCGAACUGAGCAUGGACUUGCCUAAAUCCUCACUACUAUAUUUUUCAGAAGUGUAUCCGUGACUUAAUUGAGGUUUGCAACCCAUCGGCCACUGGGACUUAGAAAUGUUUUUCACUUUCCUUAGAGUUGUGGUAAAGAGCAGCUAUUUUUAAGACGACAAUAUAAGGUUCUUUUUAAAUAGAUUUUAAAAUGUUAGUUCAUUUUAUUAGGAAAUAUGCUUACGUUAAAGGAAAAAAAAUAAUGUUGGCAAAACUGUCUUCUGUAGCAUCAGCCCGGAUGUAUUUUCCAGAGAUGUUUAAUGCUCCAGAAUAAAAAUCGAUUUUAGAACAA